AUGGAGGUCUUGUUGAAUAGAAGGAACAUUGCCUUCGCGAGACUUAAACGGCAGUACGCGGGUGCGAAACAAUUGUGCGAACAGAAUCCGCCGGUGUUCCAGGUACACGAUCGAUUGCAAAAGCUUGCCGAAUUAGAGGAAACGUUCGAAAAAACCCAAGCUGAAAUCGAGGAAUUGUCAUCACCGGAUGAUUUACCAUCGACAUUGAAUAUGCGGUCAGAUUUCGAAACAGUGUUUUAUGCCACAAAAAGUCAAUACAUGGCGAUGCUGAAAGAUGAACACCACGAAUCAGCAAGCAAUGAAACAAUUGCGGAUCCCAGCAGUGAUAUAAAAGAAGCAGUGCGAGUAUUACUUGAAACGCAACGAGUUUUGCUUACUCGUCAAACUGCAGCUUCAACGUCCGUCGAGGAGUUAGCUGUCCAGUUUCGUGGAAAGAGUCUUGAACCGAUUGAUACGCAGCUACCUUCGUUCAACCUUCCAAUUUUCUAUGGAGACAGGAAGCAGUGGUCUUCAUUCAAGGACUUAUUUACAAGCAGUGUUGACCGUAAAAACCUGACCGGUGCACUCAAAUUACAGCUUCUAGUAUCGCAUUUAGGAGGAGAAGCAAAAGGUCUUGUAAGCAGCUAUGCUAUUACUGACGUGAAUUACAAAGAAGUUUGGGAUACCCUGGUCGAACACUAUGACAAGCCGAAGUUCGCUGUUUCGGCCCUUGUCCAAGAGUUUUGUGAUCAGCCGGUACUUAAGGUGCCAAAUUUAACCAAUUUGCGUAAACUCGUUUCGACCUCAGACGAGGUGAUACGGCAGCUUAAAGCAUUAGGAGAACAAUACGAGUCAAGGGAUCCAUGGCUGAUACAUCUUAUUCUCAGAAAGUUAGACGACGGACUCCGAUCUCAAUGGGCACAACACAUUGUUGAUAUGGACAGUCCAACUUUUAGUGACAUGCUAAAAUUUCUAAAACGAAAAUGUGAUACAUUUGAGACGUGCGCUGCAUUUGGUGGCAAAUCUUUCGACCAAACCAAGCACGACACAAAGGAGGAGCGAAAAUAUCCACCAGUGAAAAAGGAAGUGAAAUGUUUUGGGGCUAUUCAAAAACUACAAUGCCCAGUGUGUGGUGAAAAACAUACCAUCUACCAGUGCACAGAGUUUAAGGAAGCGUCCGUCGAAGAACGACGAAAUUUAGCUCAGCAAAGCAAGCUUUGUUUCAAUUGCUUGAGGUCAAAACACUACGCGAAAGUUUGUCUGUCGAAAUCGGUUUGCAGAGUACCCGAAUGUAAACAACGUCACCACACUUUAUUGUGUCAUCUGGAAUCACUGAAUGAGGUGAAUAGCAAAACAGCGGCGAAAGGAAGUGAAAAACAACCAGUGCUAGUGAACAACGACGAAAAUGACAGUAGUGCAGUAUCGUGUUCGGCAAAUAUCAAAACAAGUUUUGCGACGAGCGUUUUCGGUACGCUACCUACGGCUGUCGUUCGCAUAAAAGGAAAAAACGAAGUGUUUCAUGAAAUCCGUGCUAUGAUCGAUUGUGGUUCGCAAGCUACACUCAUAACGGAGAGUUGCGUCACUCAGUUGGGACUUAAACGGCAGAAUGCGAAAAUCGUUAUUACCGGUGUAACAAAUAGUGCGUCUGAAACCACACGAGGCGCAGUAAAUUUGGAAAUUGCGUCGCGAUUUGAUUACAAUCCCAUCAUCAGCACAAGGGCGUAUGUGCUGUCAAAGCUUACACGUAAUUUGCCACAGCAGAAAAUCAACACCGGCAACUUGAAGUGUUUGGAAUCGUUGCAGCUGGCUGAUCCAGAAUUUGACAAACCAAGUAAGAUCGAUCUAAUUCUGGGUGUAGAUGUGUUUCUUUCGAUUUUAGGCGAUGGCAAAGUAAACGAUAACUUGGAGAUUCCAAUUGCCAUGAACUCUGCGUUUGGUUGGAUCGUCGCUGGCCAAGUUGGUUGUGCUAGCACUCUGACCUGUCGAGCUGCUAUCAUCUGUCUGCACACAGAGGUUGACAUAGAUCGCACGUUGCGACAAUUCUGGGAGAUUGAAGAAAUAUUGAAGCCAAAGCCUCUUACUGUCGACGAAGAGAAAGCAAUAGAAUCAUUUCGAGCAACACACAAACGUGAUACCGAUGGACGUUUCACAGUCAGUCUACCGUUUGAUCAAUCCAAGCCACCUCUAGGAGAGUCUCUUACAGCAGCUACGCAGCGUUUGAAAGCUAUGGAAAGGAAAUUUAAAGCAGAUUCCACUUUUAAAGUGCAAUAUUUCGAGUUUUUGGCGGAAUAUUUAAAUCUAGGCCACAUGGAACUUAUUCCGGCAGAAGAAGUGAGCAUCGCUCAGGAAAAACGAUUCUAUCUUCCCCACCAUGCUGUCUUAAAAGCCUCAAGCACUACGACUAAACUACGUGUCGUGUUUGAUGGCUCAUGUAAAACUUCGACGGGAAUAUCAUUGAACGACAGGUUACUGGUUGGCCCAAACCUGAACGAGGAUCUCUUUACUGUUUUAACUCGCUUUCGUACCUACGCGGUUGCAUUUACGGCAGACGCUGAAAAAAUGUACCGUCAGGGAACACGACGGGAAAAUCCCACUAGCGAUGAACAUGAUGGACGAAACAAACGAAGCAGUGGUGUCAGCAAGCAGUCUAUGUGUCUCUUCAGGAAUACGGAAGGUACUCCGUCGGCCCCAGAGUUGAAGGACGACUAA